AUGUAUUCGCUAUGCUCUCCGCCACAGCUCAUCAACACUGCCAAACACCUGCAGCAGCAAACUCAGCAGCACCUGCAGCAGCAGCAGCAGCAGCGGGAACACCAGCACCCGCAGCAGCAGCAGCAGCAGCAGGAGGAGGAACAGCAGCAAGAGCAGCAGAAGGAAGAGGAGGUUCAGCAGAGUGUGAUGAUCACGUUUAUUCAUGGGGACGUGAAGCUAGAGAAUAUAAUGUUUCGUUCUGCUGCUCCUCACCCCGCCACACUAACUCUGGUGGACCUAGACGGGCUGACGCCGCUGCCGUGCGCAGCAGCGCGUGCUGCUCAGGCGUAUUCAAUUGCUGCUGCUGCAGCAGCAGCAGCAGCUCAGCAGCAGCAGCAGCAGCAGCAGAGUGCGGAGAGAGGUAUGAACGGUGUAACUUCUGUGGGUCGUUCUGACGCAGCAGCAGCAGCAGCAGCAGCAGCAUGCACAACCUCUCUGACUUCCCUAUUGAAUGGGGAAGGGGGGGCCCUUGAGGGCCUCUGCUGCACCCCCCAGUACCUUCCUGCUGAGGUGUAG